AUGACUGUCGCCAAGCCAAGCAGCGCAUUCCUCACCUUCUUCUCCUCCGGCCAUGCCAAUUUCUUAGCUCUCUUCUUGACAACGCCCAUUAGCACUGUGUUGCUCUACUGGUCGAUUAACAAUAUUCUUUUUUCAGGCUCUCUUCACGACUUCAUCGAAUCGAAUCGUCCGUCCGUACAGUUUGCUGUGCAGCUGAUUGCCAAUUUACUCUCGCUCUGCCAAGUCUUGGUGAUAUGCAGGCUCAUCAACUAUGGAGUCCGAAGGCACCUCGCGGCCGGCAGCAUAAAGCUAGACACUCUGAGGGCUUGGAUUGACGCCAUGGAGCCAAGAAUUGAUCUCGGUCUUCCAAUUCGCUUUUUGUUACCUCUGUCUGCCUUUGUGGCCCUGACAAUGAUCUUGUCCGCGCUCUGGGCUGCUGCCCUUACACCGGUCCAGCUAUGGAAAGACGUCGACCACACUGUCGCUAUUCCAAGCUGGGGGAACUUCACCCUCGUCAAAGAGUAUCCUUCCGAGGUUGGUAGCGAAGGAGCCACUAUACAAAAUCUCAAGGGCCGGUUUUCGUAUUCUGUCGGCAAUCAGCUACUUGGAAGUCUUCUCGCCAGCGCCUCCUCCGCGACUACUAUCGACGGCUCUACCAGAGUCCAUCAAAAGAUGGACAGAUCCAAACUCACGUAUAUCGGUCGCUCUUACGGGAUUGGUUCGUCAGCAGGAUUGGCAGACGAAGAUAUUCUUAGCAAUAAGCUCGCGAUCGGAUAUGCGUUUCAAGAGGUGGGAUACAAGGCCGAUACAAACUGCAUCUACAACACUUCGAGCGAGUUUUCCUUAUCGCCAACAGUCGUCGAUUUGGUGUACGCUGCGAGCGGACCUCUACCCGACAGUGACAAUGGACCCGAAUAUUCAGAUUACAUUGGCCACGAUAUGGACCGCAUCGUCUCUAUUGGAGUCUCUCAUUUUGCCAAUGAAUCGGCUGAUGAGUAUCCACUUCGAAAAUAUUUGGCGUUUGCGACGGGCUCAAACUACAAAUUUUUGGACAAGAUCCAGUGCGAGAUUGACUUUGUUCCAACGCGAUUCAACGUCACGGUGGAUUUACAGGGCCAAAACAUCACCGUCAAAGCCACAAAUGAUACGACGGUCAAAGAUAUAAAUCCAAGUAGACGCCUCAAAGGUACCGUACUGCGUCAAUUUGAGCUGAUUGCCAAUGAUGAGACAAAUCUUUACAUCUCAACGGUUGGGACGGCAUUCAAUGCUUCCAUCACCGAUUUCCGAACCUAUGCCGACUCCCCGGGUCAUUCCAGCAACUGGACAGAGACGAAAAUUAUCCUCGCUGCUGUUGAAAACUCCAUUACUGCCAUGACGGAUGAUAUGCUGGGCGCCUAUGCGGCGGCACAGCUCAUGGUCGGCAAUCUGACUCAAAGCACAAGCGCUACACUGCGGGUGACUGCCAUGGCUGUCGGUGAGAUGAAGUACAGCAUUGCGGUAUUCGUAGUCAAUAUUGUCAUCAUUUUGUUGUUCCUAGUCGAGAUCAUUAGGACUAGAGGAUGGAAAGAUCUACCCGAUUUCGACGUCGCAGAUGUGCGUCAUUUGAUGAUUGCCGCUUCAGAGGGUGGAGUGGAGCUGGGAAACAUUGCUUUUGGGCAGAGACGCGACAUUGGAGACAUUUCGAUACGAUAUACCACAUCGAGAAGCGGCCGCUUUGCCAUUGUCGCAAAUAACAAAACCGAAGACACGGCCUUGAUAGAGCACGUACGGGUUUUGGCGCCGAGAAAACCUUCGAUUACAGAAUUAGAAAAUAUGAUAUGA